AGUAGAUACGUGUUCAUUUUCGCGACAGUUCAGGAAGCGUCUACAUUCAGCUACGGAAAGCAGGAGUUGGUGCUUUCUCCUGCGAAGGAGUACAGCAGAAACAGCAUCAUGUUGCCGACCACCUCGCCGCACAGCAACGGCGCCCUCGGCCCUAGGGAUGCGGCACGUCACACGGCGGGCGCCAAGCGUUACAAGUACCUGCGACGGAUGCUCCACUUCAGACAGAUGGACUUUGAAUUUGCCAUGUGGCAGAUGCUUUACUUGUUCACAUCACCACAGAGAGUCUACCGCAACUUCCACUACAGAAAACAGACCAAAGACCAGUGGGCCAGGGACGACCCCGCUUUCCUGGUCCUGCUCAGCAUCUGGCUCUGUGUGUCAACAAUAGGCUUUGGUCUGGUGCUGGACAUGGGAGUGUUGGAGACUCUGAAGCUGCUGCUGUGGGUGGUCUUUGUUGACUGUAUAGGAGUUGGUCUGCUUAUAUCAACCCUUAUGUGGGUUAUCAGCAACAAGUACCUGCUGAAACAACCCAGCAGAAACUUUGAUGUGGAGUGGGGCUAUGCGUUCGAUGUUCACCUCAACGCUUUCUACCCCCUUCUAGUCAUACUGCAUUUCCUGCAGCUCUUCUUCAUCAACCAUAUUGUGGUAAUAAACUCAGAGUGGUUCCUGGGAUACUUCGUCGGGAACACUGUGUGGCUCAUCGCCAUCGGUUAUUAUCUCUACAUCACGUUUUUAGGGUACAACGCUCUACCCUUCCUGAAGAACACUGUGGUGCUGCUCUACCCCUUCGCUCCGCUCGCCCUCGUCUACGUCCUCUCUGUCUCUCUGGGAUGGAACUUCACUCAGGGUCUCUGCUGGUUUUACAAGUACAGAGUCCAGUAGGACCAGUUUGCCUCUGAGGUUGGACACUGGUCAGCUCCAGUCUGACUCUGAAUCUGUUUUCAACCCACAUUUAGGUGACAGAGAUUCCACUUCCAGCUUCUGUCAGUCAACAUCUGGUUGAGGAGGGUUCUGGUUAACUCUCUGUAAACUGGGACACUGAGCUGGUUGACUGUUUCUCAACUCUCAAUUGACUCCUGUUGAAUUUCUGUUUGGCUCUUAUGUUGAGCUGGAGCUCCAGUCCGUGAACAGUGAUACUAGUUGCAGAAACGGGGACGGGGAUGAGAUACAGCUUUUACGGUUGUUUUUUUUGUAUGAUUUGUAAAUAGUACUCUGGCAGGUUGUAAUAUAUACGCAGACGAUUGUUUCUGAAGAGAAAGAAUUUGCUUUGUUUCUUUGAGUUUUCUUAUAAAAAGACUGAAAAAAAUCAAAUCGAAUCCUGAUUAUUGAAGAGAAAAAAAGGAAAGUGGAGGAACAUGGGAUGCAAACUUAAUUUUCCGUUUCUUUUUUUUCUAAAAGUGUACAUUCCAAAGCACUUUCAAUAAAAGGUUUUAUUAACUUAA